AUGUACGGAACAAGGCUCGACCUUGGCAGCUACAGCAUGUGCUUCCGACGAGGACGAUCGUAUCACGUAGCCCAACAGGCGAUUUUCGAAUUCGGAAGUGUCGGCGUACUCGAAAGUGAUGUCGGUCACGUGUGUGAUCUCAUCGGCGACUCUUGCUGGAGGAAACGUUUCGCGCGAUUGCUGUCUUCUUCUGUAUCGUCCGAAGCAUCAUACAGUCACACAAUCGAGCGUUCCACGGUUCGGGUAGACCUGCGUGAAGUGCUUUGGCUGCAUGAGCGUGAUGGAAUGCAAGAUGACAAGUUGGAGAGUCACAAGCGUGACAAGUUAGCAUGGCCACUUGCGCAGAGAUCCAACAUCUCAGCAAGCAGCUACAGCCGUCUCUCGUCGCGCCACAGCUGCCCCUUAUACUUUGUUGUUCUCCUCGUAUCCUCUAGCCUGAAUAUCCGCGCGCUCACCUACCGGACUCUUUCGUACGACGAUUCUCCCUCAGCCCUAGCUGUCGAGCAGCUCAAUGACUCGGCGUAUGUUCGCGACGCACGCUCUCUAUGCACUCAGUUUCAUCUCGGCGGCGCCGACUGCAUUUGCGACAUUUGUCCUCGGUCUUCUCCGAGAGAUCCAGAUCUUCAUCUCGCAAGUGUGUUCUUGCACAGAUUUUACACUUUGUCUGGGUCUCGUCUCGACAUUCACACAAGCCAGCACCCCUGCGCCGCCGCCGAGCUGGAAGAAGUGCGAAAUCCUAGAUCUGUCGAGCUGAAGCUGCCUUAA